CUGGUGAGGAAGGACCUGGAGAAGGAUAAUGCGGGGCAGGUGACGCUUAUCCCCGAGGAGCCCGAAGACAUGUGGCACACCUAUAACCUGCUGCAGGUGGGUGACAGCCUGCGGGCCUCCACCAUCCGGAAGGUGCAGACCGAGUCAGCCACGGGCAGCGUGGGCAGCAACCGCAUACGCACCACCCUCACCCUUUGCGUGGAGGCCAUCGACUUUGACUCGCAGGCCUGCCAGCUGCGGGUCAAGGGCACUAACAUCCAAGAGAAUGAGUAUGUCAAGAUGGGGGCCUACCACACCAUCGAGCUGGAGCCCAACCGGCAGUUCACGCUGGCGAAGAAGCAGUGGGACAGCGUGGUGCUGGAGCGUAUCGAGCAGGCCUGCGACCCGGCCUGGAGUGCCGAUGUGGCAGGGGUGGGCGUGGAGGGAGGGGCUGUGGUCAUGCAGGAAGGGUUGGCUCAUGUCUGCCUGGUCACUCCAAGCAUGACGCUUACCCGUGCCAAGGUGGAGGUGAACAUCCCCCGCAAGAGGAAAGGAAACUGCAGUCAGCAUGACCGGGCCCUGGAAAGGUUUUACGAACAGGUGGUGCAAGCCAUCCAGCGGCAUAUCAACUUUGAGGUGGUGAAGUGUGUGCUGGUGGCUAGCCCAGGCUUUGUACGGGAGCAGUUUUGUGACUACAUGUUCCAGCAGGCAGUCAAGACCGACAACAAACUUCUGCUAGAGAACAGGUCCAAGUUCCUACAGGUCCACUCUUCUUCGGGACAUAAAUAUGCAUUGAAGGAAGCCCUCUGCGACCCAGCUGUAACUAGCCGUCUCUCUGACACUAAGGCAGCUGGUGAGGUCAAAGCCUUAGAUGACUUCUAUAAAAUGCUGCAACAUGAGCCUGACCGGGCUUUUUACGGUCUAAAACAUGUGGAGAAGGCCAACGAAGCCAUGGCCAUUGAUACCUUGCUGAUCAGUGAUGAGCUUUUCCGCCACCAGGAUGUGGCUACACGUGCUCGAUAUGUUAAAUUGGUAGAUAGCGUACGGGAGAACAUGGGCAUAGUACGCAUUUUCUCCAGCCUUCAUGUGUCUGGAGAGCAGCUUGGCCAGCUGACAGGGGUGGCAGCCAUCCUGCGCUUUCCUGUUGCUGAGCUCUCUGACCAGGAAGAUGAAUCUAGCUCUGAAGAGGAUUGAUAACAGUGACUUCAUUACACAGUUUCUCUUCCAAGUCAUGUUGAAAUGACAUUAAAGGCCCUCCCUUCCUAAAUGCUGUGUGCAGAUUGCCAUGACAUGUAAUUUAAGUUUUUGAUAGUAUUUCUUACAGUAUAUAGCUCUGCUCAGCACACUAGGGGAUAUCUGUUUUACGGUACUGAUUAUUGGUAUACUGUUCAUUGGAGCUGACUGUGUUUGCAAGUUACAUGCUGGAUCUCCAGCAAUACAAGAAACUAAUUUGACUCCCCAAAGUUGUACAUUCUACAUGUUAAGGCAGACUGGCAGCUUAGCAUUUUGGAAUGUGUAUGAGAAAGAUGAUAAACUAAGA